GGAAGACACUGUGCGAGUCCUGCGGGAAGAAGUGCUCGGGCGAGGUCCUCCGGGUCCAGGAGAAGUACUUCCACAUCAGCUGUUUCAAGUGUAAUAGCUGCAAGAAAUCACUAGCACAGGGAGGUUUCUUCACAAGGGAGAAAGACUACUACUGUACAGAAUGUUACCAGAAGAACUUCGGUCAGAGGUGUGCCACGUGCGGGCUGUUCGUGGAAGGGGAGGUGGUGUCAGCCCUCGGUAAUACCUACCACCAGAAAUGCUUCACUUGUGCUCGCUGCAGACAACCCUUCCCAACAGGGGAGCGUGUGACGUACACAGGCAAAGAAUGUCUGUGCCAGCGUUGCCUCCACAUCCCUGUUGUGGACUCACAGUCCCCCACACGCUCACCCACCACUGCCGGCCCUAAGUGCGCCGGCUGCAAGGAGGAGCUGGUGGAGGGCCAGGCCCUGAUCGCCCUCGACCAGCAGUGGCACAUCUGGUGCUUCAAGUGCGCCGCCUGCAACACCGUGCUGCACGGGGAGUACAUGGGCAAGGAUGGCAUGCCUUACUGCGAGAAGGACUACCAAGCCCAGUUUGGUGUCAAGUGCGCCUACUGCAACAGGUUCAUCAGCGGCAAGGUGCUUCAGGCAGGAGACAAUCACCACUUCCAUCCCACUUGUGCAAGGUGCACCAAGUGUGGGGACCCCUUUGGAGAUGGGGAGGAAAUGUACCUUCAGGGUACUGCUAUCUGGCACCCACGCUGUGGCCCAGGACCCACUGAAAACGGCACAGUACUCAACGGCUCCUUGUCCAACGGCCACCAUGUCAAUGGGGAACAGAAGGCUGAGAGGGAACGCGAUUUUGAUGGCAUGAGCUCCACAGCUUCAGAAACACAGUUUUCUCGAUCGCGCACACCAAGCCUUAAUGGAUCGUUCCGCUCCUAUAGCCCCUAUAACAGCCUGAACAGGAAGUUCUCGGGUCCGUAUCGCACAUGCUCACCUGGGCUGAUCCUGCGCGAGUACAAAUCCUCACAAAGCCCCAUCGACAUCACCCGCAUCUACACGUACUCCUACCUUACUGCCGAGCCUUCCCAGGGGUACCUCAAGCGACCCCUGGACCCGUACGACCGUCCUCCACCAAAGUCUCCGCACUGGCACCGUCCCAUGGUGGAUAGUAGGAAGCUGUCACUGCCCAAAACAUCUAGUAAACUCGGCAUGCGUGUGAUGGUAGAUAGCAUAAAGUCUGAAACACCUAGACCGAAGUCUCCUCACAUGAACAAUGAAGAGCCCAUAACACUCUCACACUACCCCGGAGCACGCAAGCCAACUAGUGGAGAUGUGUCACGCAUUGAGAGAGACGACUUCCCAGCGCCCCCAUACCCCUACACUGAUCCAGAUGUUUCAGAGCGGCGGCGAAGGUGGUCGGGCAGCACCAAGGCGGUUAGCAUUGACGAGACAGAUGAGGGGACGGAAAUCGAAGAUUCCGAAGCCAUGGUGGAGGAUCCAAAGCUGAAGCGUGAGGAGGAAGAACUAAGCAAGAUUGCAACAGGUAUUGGGAAGGUGUUCCUACAGCAGGUGAAAGAGAGAGAAAGGAUUAGGGCAUGGAAAGCAACUCACUUAGAUCCUCGUAACGCAUCACGCUCUCCUGCUGCCAAUCGCGAACCUCAGAACAAACUGCGCUUUGAAUCUUCUCUAAAUGCUUCUCCAUCUCGAAUGACUGACCACAACCGGUCUUGGGGACCAGAGGAGGAGGAGUUUGACCGGGCUUCAUCCUACAGAUGCUCCACUGGAAGGUCAUCAGCCACGAUACCAUCCUACAACGUUGUGAGCUCCCUCAGGCAGCCUCCAAAGCCUGGCUAUGGUUUCUCGCCGCGCAACACCUUCUACCGUCAGGGCCUUGGAUCGUACUCUGCACUCCAUGGGGACUACAGCUUCACCGGCCUUGGAGAGAAGACCCAGAGCACAGAGUUCAGCAGUGCCCGAUCUGACGUUUCAGCAGGUUCGCUCACAGAAGCAGAUAGGAGCGCAUUGAACGCCGAGUUGUGUGCAUCAACAACGUACAGUAGUGGCCUCCGUGGCUACACCUCCUACUCCCCCCACCUCCGCCGAUCACUGCCCAACAUGCACCACAUGUCCUCCGAGCCCCCCAAGAUAUACCCUGCACAUCUUCUCUUCGUCUCCAACUAUCGUCUGCCCAAUGACGUGGAUCGCUGCCACCUGGAGCGCCACCUGUCAGACGCCGAAUUUGAAAUGAUAUUCCACAUGUCACGCAUGGACUUCUACCGCCUUCCGGAAUGGAGGAGAAAUGACCUCAAGAGGCGAUGCAAGCUUUUCUAAAGAGAUCCUAAUGCUUUAUAAUAUUUAUUUCAUAGUCAUUUUACACAGUACUAGAUUCCUUUUGUGAGGGAAACCAUACCAACCACUCGGUUUUGUAUUGGCUCAAUCAUUCACCUCUUUUUUUUUUUUACGUUCAGUGAAUAGUUGUCCAUAAAUGUAUUACUGUAAGAACAAUCAAAGAUGAAGAUUAAAAGCAACAACCGUAAAUGUCAUUCAAAUUGAUCUCUACAAUCUGCAUGCUUUUUAGAUGAAUUGUCAAAUUUUUAGGAAUACUUUAAAAAAAUAUAUAAAAAAAAAAGAAUAAAAAAAUUACAAUGUCUUAUGUAGCAGAAUAAACAAUUGUUUAAAUGUACAUCACAAAAGAUAUCCAAGUCUCCACCCUCACAGUUGGGUUUUGGGUGAUAAUAGUUUUUAGUCCAAAGUCCACCAGAUUAACAGGAAUGAUAAAAGUGUGUGGAAGGUGCUUUGAUAUAUUCCACAGGCAGAGUAUUUAUAAAGAAAAACAAAAAAAAGAAGGCAAUAUGUGUAGUGUUUUAUAUUGUUAGCAAAUACUUCUGUUUAGGUUGAAUUUCUGAAUUGUAAUUUUUGUACUUUUCACUCCUUUAGCAAACAAAAUUUUUUUUGUCCAUGUAGCCGAGAAAUCUUAGUGGAUCUUUUAUCUAAAUAUAUAUAUAUAUAUAUUUUUAAGUGAAGUGAUGGCUAUGCAAAAACUCUUGAGAGCUGCUUUUCUAGCCGGAAAAUUCCUCGACUGGGUGGGCAUUGGUUGUGUACGAUUGACCAGUGGACGAAAAUACCUUGAAUACCAGUUAUCUGUGCUUGUAACUUUUCCCAGUUUCAUAUCUUCUAGUCCUUUAUUAUUAUUAUUAUUAUCUUUUUUAUGUAAUUCCAGUAGUUGAGGUCUAGAACUCUUUAGUAGGCCUUCCUUUGAUAUAUUUAUGUAUGCUUCCUGAUGCUUAAGUUUUUUUUUUUUUUUUUUUUUUUUUUUUUUUUUUCUGGUGCUUUUGUUGGGCAGUGAUCUACACGAAUGUGGGGAAGGCAUCAUCGAUUACCAGCUUUCAUAACUACUUCUAUAAGCCUUAUUUUGCGUUAUUUUGUAAAUAUGAAAACAGUCUCGUAGGAGAGUUGCCAAAGCUGACUAUCUGUGGUUCCCCACAUUGCAUCUACACAUCUAGAAAUUAUAGCAAGAUCUGGGACAUGUGCUACAUUCUUUUAAUCUCACCUGUAUAUUGACAAUUGUAACUUGUCUGUAAAUAGUGCCUCAAUGAGCUUGAACUUUGGUGCGAUCAGCGGUUGUGAUUCAUAGGUGGAACAUUCUCCUCUCGACAGUACUGCCAAAGGGGCUUUCCCAGAUCAGUAUAAUGUUUAAAGCUAAACUCACUUCCUUCCGGGGAGUUCCCUCCUGUUUUGAGAUUUUUGUGAGGGGGGAAAGGGGGCAUGUCAAAUUUUAUGUGUCUAUUGAGAAUAGUUUAGCGAAUGCUGUUCUUUUGUUGUGGUGACCUUAGGAAGAAAUUUCCUCACUUGAUUGUUCCAUCACAUGCAAAACUUAUGUGAGAAUUGAUGCUGCUGAUCCCACCAUGCCAGAACAUGGUAUUUACACCAUAUAAUGGAUUAUUCUGCCCGAGGUGGGGGAAAAUAUGGUUGUCUGUUAUCAUUACUCUAUUAUGUUAUUAGAAUUGUGACAUGGCAAGAAAAUAUCAUUGGUUGUCUUGACUGCAGUGCUUUUUUAAAUGACAACGUAUAUAUUUUAUAUUUUAACCAUUGUUACAUGGAUAAGUACCAGUAAUAGAUUUUAGCAUUAAAAAAGAAAAUGAGUUCUGAGGUUGUAAAGAUGUUCCAGCCAGUAAGUGUUGUGCUAGUAAACCUGCUUGUAUUGUUAGUCAGGCCUCCCCAUCUACUUCCAAAAGAGGCAGUUUCAGCUUUUGGAGUGGAGCUGCUCUUCAGCGAGGGGUGGUCAGAUGGACAAGAAAAGAGAAACUUUGUACACUUAUAGAAUAGAGAUAUAAAAAAAGCCUCGAUUUGUGCCUAUUUUUCUCUGAAUGUUAAAAAAAUCAAGUUUCUUUGGUGCUUAUGUCUUAUUUCUUACAGUGAGCCAGGUCUUACUGUUAUAUUAGUGUGUAAUCCAAACUUUCACUUUACCUGCUCAGUAAAACUAAACUUUUAUGUUACAAGCCUUUUUUAGAAAAGAUAAUAGCGAUGUGUAGUUAUUUCUUCAAGGUGAUGUUGAUCAAAAAGAAAUUUUAUCAAAGAAACCACACUGUCAUAUCAGUCAUUUCAAACAGUGAGUGUUGUAGGGGUAUUAAUUUUUUACAUUAUUAAGACCAUAUCAGGUAGAACUUACCCCUUUAUAUGUCCAGAUCUUAUAGGGACAAAGUUUCCUAACUGAGCAUAUUAUCAGAUAUAGAAAAAAAGAGAGUUCCAUUCUAAUGCCUUUGGAUAGCUCAUGUUACACUACUAGGGAUGGGCAGGCCAGGGAGGGGAAUUUUAAUAAUCUAAGCGAAUUAGUCAUGAUAUCCAGGUGUGGGUAUGUCUUGUUAAUUCGUUCCCCAUCUUUGUUUUCAUUAUACAAGUAAACAUGUUCUGAUCCAUGAUUAAUUUGUUCUUUGCUUUUGUCAAGCAGGUCUUCAUGAAAACAGCUUAGUGUACAGAAAUUGUAUAUAUGAAUGUUGUGUGUUUCCUUUCUUAAUGCUCCUUACAUUUCCAUUUUUCAGUUCCCUACACAAAGAAAUACAUUAUUAACUAUUAGAAUUAACUCUUUAAAUUUUUUAGCAUCAGUAUAAAAUUCCUGCAUUCUAAUGAUACUAACAGAUAUUUUCUUGGUUGUAUGCUAUUAUAUAGCUUGUAUUUUAAUAAUUAAUUCCUGUUUUUGCCUUUUUUAGCACAUGCUGGAAAAGACUUAGUUUCAGCAUGAAUUUUAAACAAGCACUCUUCAAUAUUUGUUAUUUCUCCAGUUUGUUCAUUUCUUUGUUAUUACAUAUUUUGUCUCUUUAAGAGUGCAGUAACGCAUGGCUGAAAUUGAAAAUCUUUGCUAUUGUAUAGACAAGAAGCAUUACUCGCUUAGAUUAUCAGCAUAGAAACCAACCGUGUUUGAUCGACAAGGGGAUGUGACAAUAGCAUCCUUGCAUGUGUCAUUAGCACAACAUUUAAAAACUACCUUUGUUUUUUCUGUGGUUUGUCUGUUUUUUAACUAAGCCUUGUGGACAUUGUUCAUUCUGAGGUCAUUCUAGAAGAUUAAGAAAUAUCUAGUGAUGUGAUAAACCUAAUGUUACUAAUCUUUUAUGAAUUCUGGUUGUGUUAUGAGAUUUGUUUAAUGUUAGGGCAAUGUGCCAAAAGUUGAAAGUCCUCAGGUAUGAACGACAUCCAUAAUGACAUUUGCAUGUUGGUAGCUUGCUUUCCCUCCUUUAUUGAAUAUUUUAACAUAAGGAUCACUGUUAAUAGUAGUAAAUUAUUAACAUGGGCAAAGCAAGGGUGAUGGUAGAUGGUGUCACAGUCACAGGUUUGGUCAGUGGAAAAUUCCUGGUGACUCCUGGGUCACCUCGGUUGAAACUUAAAAUCAAAGACUGUUUUUUUCUUCUUCUUCUCUCAUUAUUAAAAAACAAAAAAAAAAACUAAUAGAAAUGUUUCUUGGAAAAAAGUAAAGAGAAUUGUACAGAGAAGAAAAUUUUAGAUACAUAUUUAUAUUAUAAUGGUACCUGAAAAAUGUUGAUUGUGAGUGUUAAAAAAAAGGAAGAAGAAUAAAACUGGCCCCUUCGAGCCACACUUUUGACACCCCUGUUAUAAACAGCUCUUGGAAUUUUGAUUUGCCUUUUACUUUUUUAUCAUUAUUAUUAUUUUUAUAAUUCAUUGUGAGUUUCUGAAGACUUGCUUGACUCUUCAAUGUAAAUGGUCCAAAUUUAAUCUUAAACAGAAAAAUUGAUCAUGAGGUUGUACAUAAGAAAUAUUUAACCAUUUAAGAAUAUAGAAUUGGUUAAGAAAACCCACUUCUCACCUUUUGCUAUACAUCUGUUAUUCAGUUUGCUGUAUUUGUUAUCAGUAUUUACAAUAUUCAGUAAUAUAUAUAUAUUUUUCUUCAUAUCAUUAUGCAUAUAUACCUAUGUUCUAUUUUUUUUUUUUUCUUUUUUUUUUUUUUAGAUAGAUAGAUAAUGAUUCAGUUAGUGUGUGUUACCUUAUUAGUUAGUCUGGCUGCUAUAUCAUUUACCCUUAUUUCACUUAUGGAAAAAACUGGAUUAAUUGCAGAAUAAAGUUAUUGGAAAAAAUGGAAGCUUUGCAGAUGCUGUCCAAUCUUUCUGCCAAGAUAUAUGGAAAGAUACAUACAUACCUUCAUACAUGCAUUCAUUCAUCUCUCCAGCUGAUAUUGAAAGCCUUUUGAAAUAGAAGUAUAUUCCAGUUAUCAAGAAGUUUUUUAAAAAUAAAGAACUCAUAACUCAGGUGAUUUAAAUACAUUGUUGAUUUUCACUUACUUUUUUCCAUCGUCCAAUUACAUGUGCUUCAUUAAAAUGUUACUCAUCCCAGUCAAUAAAAAAAAUGUAUGACAGAUCUUAUAUGAUUUGUCAUUUUUAGCAUAUUAUUGGGGUAGGAAUUCCCCAUCCAUACAUCUAAUAUUUCAGGUGUAAUAUGAUACCCUUUUUGUAUGUUUUUAUUAUUAUUAUAAUUAUGAUUAUCAUCAUUAUUUUUUGUGCAGUGGUUGUUUGGGAAAUUGUAUGAGUGAUGAGGGUUUGGACCAAUUUUUUUUCUUUGCUUUUCCACUAAACACAGACAGUCCAGUCCUAUAUCAAAAUAAAUCUGUAUAAAGUAAAAUAAUGAAAAAUGAUAAUAAAUAGAAAUGAAAAAAGAAAGAGAGAGAAUGAAAUCCAAUUGAAAGAGUGAGAGAGAGAGCGAUAGAGAGAGAGAAAGAGAGAGAGAGAGAGAAUCCAUAGCAGAUGUGGACAUGAUAUUGGACUUACAGCAUCCCACUGCACUCCAAGGACUUUCUGUUUUAGUAAGGGUACGAACCAAUCCUAUUUUGUACUUGUACUUGUGAGAGACUGAUGAUGCUUCAGUAACUGCUUGGGUUGCUAUAGUCUGUAGAAACAUAUGGAUAACCAAUAAUGACUUUGCUUGAAA